AUGAGGCCAAAAUUUACUCGUGCCCCCAUCACCGACGCCGGCCGGGUUGUAUACCAAGGCGAGUCAGGUAACGUUACGUUCCUGAUCCAGGGCCGUCAGGGCGGCAACGACGUACACUAUCUGCAUCCCGAGAAUACUGAGAGACGCAGGACCAGGCAGUUUAAGCUGGACAAGGUCGAGAUGAACAUCCUGCACCAACGGGGUGCAUUCAUUCUUCCACCGCGUUCCCUCUGCGACGCUAUUAUCGAUACCUAUUUCAAGUGUGUGCACCCUAUGCUACCGGUCAUCAACCGCGCCCGCUUCAUGAGGCAGUACCGAAAUCCUAAGAACCAACCGUCGCUACUGCUUCUUCACGCCGUCUUGCUAGCUGGCUCGCGAUUCUGCGAUACGGAUUUAGCGUCUACCAACGGAUCGGUUGUCCCAGAUGCACAAAUCCUCUAUAAGCGCGCCAAGGCUCUUUACGAUGCGAAUUAUGAGGAUGAUCGUGUUGCUAUUAUACAGUCUGUAUUGCUGAUGGGGUUGUAUUGGGAAGACCCUAAGGACGUUACUAAGAAUGCCUUCUACUGGAGCCGGGUCGCGGGAAUAAUUGCCCAAGGCUGCGGGAUGCACCGGACCGUUGACCAGUCAUAUCUCAGCAAGUCAGAUAAGAGACUUUGGAAAAGAAUAUGGUGGACCCUGUUCACUGUGGAUCGGUCCAUCGCUGUCGCCUUUGGGUGGCCUACCUAUAUCGACCUUCAGAAUUGCGACGUAGAAAUGGUGACAGAAGACGAUUUUGUCGAGGAUAACGCGGAUGGCGUGGACAGGUCCAACGGGCUUGCAUCGGAUUCGGUGCAUGUGCAAUUUUUCCUUCAGUAUGUCAAGCUAUGUGUUAUUAUGGGCCAUAUUCUGGACCAACACUACCCAGCGGGCCCCAAAGAGCAACAAAGGCCCGCUGUUCAUUCAACAGCAGCCCGCAACGAUAUAUCCUUGGCAGAUUGGCUCCGUAACUGUCCCCAAAUUGUCUACUGGGAGGCGCCACGACAUCACUUCUGGUCUGCGAUCUUGCACUGCAACUACUACACAACGCUUUGUCUGCUUCACCGAGUACCAGUACCCCGAGGCGACUCUGCUCAUUCGAGAAGAGUUUCUUCCCAGGCGGCAGCGAUGAUCACCUCUAUUAUCGAGAGCCUGGCGGUUUCCGGUCAGCUUCGAUAUUGUCCACCGUCCAUUGUUUAUAGUUUAUUCUCAGCGCUGAUCACGCACGUCAAUGAGAUACACACAUCAGUUUCGACAAUUCGCCAAGAUGUCACAGACAAGCUACGCAGCUGCAUGUCAGCUUUGAAGGCUGUGUCUCAUGUGUGGCUGACAGGCAAGAUGGCAUAUACUCUGUUUGAGCCGAUUAUCCGCAACAAUAUGCCCGAAGACGGAGUGCAAACUUUUGGGGCUAAGGAGCCUGAAAAGCAUCACAGCCUGUCUCGACCGGAGCAACAGGGCAAGGGGCAAGAUCUCUCGAAAGACGAAGAAAGAAUAUGCCCUAACCUUGUUUUUCCCAGCCCCAGCCAACUGGCGUCAUAUGGAUGGUCGCAACCGCACAUACAAAGCGCAAUCAUGAAGCAGAAUGGCGGAUUGAGAGAAGAGCAUAACACCAUAUCCCAAAUGGCGCCCUACAGCGUGGGACAGGGCGUGCAUGGGCAGGGGCCACAUACAACAUCGCUUCCCGAUUUUGAUGUGGAAAUGCCGGACGGACCAAGCCUGGAUGGUUGGGCCGUGACUCAAGGGCAGCCUGCGCCAAUGACGUUGAAUAUGAACGACUGGUUUGAGUUCUUCGGGGUAAUUGAUGAUGCCAGCAACCCGAAUUUUCACUAUCAAAGCCAAGCAUGA